AUGACCCUUCCACAGGAGAUCCCACCAGAGGUGACCAGUCCACAGGAGAUCCCACCAGAGGUGACCAGUCCACAGGAGAUCCCACCAGAGGUGACCAGUCCACAGGAGAUCCCACCAGAGGUGACCCUUCCACAGGAGAUCCCACCAGAGGUGACCCUUCCACAGGAGAUCCCACCAGAGGUGACCAGUCUACCGGAGAGCCCACCAGAGGCGACCCUUCCACACGAGAUCCCACCAGAGGUGACCCUUCCACACGAGAUCCCACCAGAGGUGACCAGUCCACAGGGAAUCCCACCAGAGGUGACCAGUCUACAGGAGAUCCCACCAGAGGUGACCCUUCCACAGGAGAUCCCACCAGAGGUGACCCUUCCACAGGAGAUCGCACCAGAGGUGACCAGUCCACCAGAGGUGACCCUUCCACACGAGAUCCCACCAGAGGUGACCCAUCCGCAGGAGAUCCCACCAGAGGUGACCCUUCAGCAGGAGAUCCCACCAGAGGUGACCCUUCAACAGGAGAUCCCACCAGAGGUGACCCUUCCACAGGAGAUCCCACCAGAGGUGACCCUUCAGCAGGAGAUCCCACCAGAGGUGACCCUACCACAGGAGAUCCCACCAGAGGUGACCCUUCCACAGGAGAUCCCACCAGAGGUGACCCUUCCACAGGAGAUCCCACCAGAGAAGGCCAGUCCACAGGAGAUCCCACCAGAGGUGAUUAGUCCACAGGAGAUCCCACCUGAGGUGACCCUACCACAGGAGAUCUCACCAGAGGUGACCUGUUCAGAGGAGAUAUCACCAGAGGUGACCUGUCCAGAGGAGAUCCCACCAGAGGUGACCCUUCCACAGGAGAUCCCACCAGAGGUGACCAGUCUACAGGAGAUCCCACCAGAGGUGACCAGUCCACAGGAGAUCCCACCAGAGGUGACCAGUCCACAGGAGAUAUCACCAGAGGUGACCUGUCAGGAAGUGAUCCUACCAGAGGCAAUCUGUCCAGGGGAGAUCCCACCAGAGGAGAUCAAGGCGAUCUGUCCAGAGGAGAUCCCACCAGAGGUGACCUGUCCAGAUGAGAUCCCACCAGAGGCAAUCUGUCCAGAGGAGAUCCUAUCAGAGGUGACCUGUCCAGAGGAGAUCCCACCAUAG